AUGGCGGAGCUCUCACAGGAACCGGUACCAGCACCUGCUGAUCUGUUUCAGUGGUCGUUGAGCACGGCGGUAAUAGCGAUGCUGUCACGUUCAUGUUUGUUGCCGGCUAUUUGGGCUUACCUGAGGAAUGAUUCGGUGCUGGAUAUAUCGCAGCAUGUGGAAGUUUAUGAAGCAGUAGUGCAAAUUGUCGCUGCGCUGGCGUUAAGUGCUCAGAGUGCCAGUGGUGAAGAAGAGAUCGAAAUCAGGGCCCUUCUAUCGGAUCCUACAUCCGAUUGCUCGGUGCUUUCAAUGCUUAAAAAACUGUUCGAAUGUGUCUCUGCAUACCUCACAAGAAUCACAGUGGAAUCAAAUGAAGCUCGACUGCAGAACUUAAAUAUUGAGCAGUCCAAUGAUAGCGAUGAUGUGGCGCUACAGACCCGAGAAGAGGGGCUCAUGCGACUUGCGCCACUGAUCACCGUCACCUGUUCACUUCUUUCCGAACCGACAAUUGCGUUCUUCUCCAAAGGGGCAUAUAUACCAUAUCAUUACGAUGCAUCUCUUUCACUGGCCGGCACGAGUAGUUCAUUUGGCAAGCGAACGCGUCGCCUGGCCCAAGAAAUUGUUACGCUGAGCAAUUCACUGCCACUGAGUGCAAGCAGUUGUGUUUUUGUUCGUGCUGCCGAAGAGCGACUGGACGUUAUGAAGGUAAGCCAUAAGUUCCCUUUUUAUGCGUUUUGUGCUGUGUAA